AUGCCGCCCGCGACGCGCCAGAGCAACCGAGACCGCCGCUACGCCUACGAGGGCGAGUCCUCCGACGGCGACUCCGAACAACAAGCCUCGACUUCGAAUAAUCGCCCAGCCCCAUCCAUUCCUCACACAGAGCCUGCCGAUCACGACGAGCAGGAGCUGGUCGAGGAAGACGAGGAGUUGUAUGCCGAAAGCGACGGCAUGGCGCCCGACGACGACGACUUUGACCCGCACGCCGACUUUGACGAGGUCACUUCCACCCGCCACAAGCGCAAGGGAAGUCGUGCGACGUCGUCUGGGUCUCGCAGCGGUCGUGCAGGAGCCGAGUCGUCCGCCGUCCUCCCCGCCCUUCCUCGCCUUCGCUUCGCUCCGCCUCCCCAGGGCGGCGCUCUCGUCGCUUCCUGUGCCACUCCUCCCCGCGCCCUCCCCCUCAUCAGCGGCCCAGCACCACCCAAAAAGGCUGCGAAGCGGACGCUGACGUUCGCCGGCGGGAGGAAGGGCGACCCCGACAAGGCGCGCCCUUACGUCUGCCACACCGAGGGCUGCGACAAGGCGUUCUCGAGGAAGAGCGACCUCAUACGCCACGAGCGCAUCCAUACAGACGACCGCCCCUACGAAUGCCAGACCUGCCACAAGUCCUUCAUCCAGCGCUCCGCUCUGACAGUCCACGAGCGCGUCCACACCGGCGAGCGCCCUCACUGCUGCGAUACCUGCCAGCGCUCGUUCUCCGACUCGAGCUCGCUCGCAAGGCAUCGCCGCGUCCACACCGGCGCACGUCCCUACGUUUGCGAUGUUUGCGGUCGCGACUUCUGCCGCAAGACGACGCUCACGAAGCACAUUGCCAAGGUGCACGACGGAAGCGCCAACAAUGCCGGCCCUGUCGUCUCCCGCAACCGCAAGCGCGCCGUCAACACCAGCACCACCUCGCAAGUCCGCGUCGGCCCGCUCGUGCGCCAGUACACCUACCAGCAAGGGCCUGAGGCGCCGUACCCGAGGCCCAUUGCGCACGAGAGCGAGGCCGAACCCGACUCGCCUGCCAGCCUUGACCGCGCAGAUCUCGACUCGCCCUUCGCAACGCCUGCUCACUUCGCUUCGCCUGAGGAGACGACGCCGCAGUACCCACUUCGCACGAACGUGGGCGGCGCCGGCGGAUGGGGUCAUCGUCGUGCGGCGACGGCGUACGAGGACAACCACCUCCCGCCGAUUCAGACGCUCGUUGCUCCUCCGUUCGGCAGGUCCAACUCGAUGCCGAACGUCCCACAGGUCCACGAGAGGCUCUACAGCGUCGACCACUUUGGCCACGCCUACGAAGUCGACGAGUACGGCAACGCUCUCGGCGAGGACGUCCACCUCGCGCCCAUCCAGACGCCGUACCAGCAGCACGAUCACGAGCAGCACGCUCCGCACUCGGCGUUCCCGACUUAUGCGCCCGCUCGUGCCGGCACGAGGGGAGGCAGGCUCGCUGCGCCCGAGAGGGUCGACCGCUCCCCUUCGCCUAUGUCUGCGCCGCCGACUGCCAAUCCGGCGCUCUUUUCUGCGAGGCCCUCGAUCUCUUACGAGGUUGAGGAUCCGGAGAGCGAGGCGUAUGACGAGGUCGAGAUGGCUCAUGUCCAGCCGCACGGGAAUGGGUCGUCGUCGGCAUACGCCUACCGCGAUGAGGAGGAGGACGAGCACGAGCAGGACGAGCAGGAGCAGCACCUCCCGACGCCGGCGACGCCGUUCGCUUCCACUUCGACGAUGCCGGCCUUUCAGCAGCAGCCGCACUUUGCGCCACCCGCUCCCGGUCCUUCGUUCUCCUUCUCCACCUACGACCGCUCGACGAGCGGCUUCGCCUCGGCGCCCGCAUCACACCUUCGCUCGCCCGCAAUGGACGGGCUGAAGCCGCACAGCAGCGGCGGGAUGAACGCGACUCUGGCCGCCCACAACCCGCAGACGAGUCCGCUCCUCCACCACGUCCCGCCGACGUUCUCGCCCCAGUCGCCCGCCAAGUCGUACACGACCUCGAUGAGGUACUCGCCCAUGCUCGGCAGGUCGGGCGGGUACGUCAUCUCGCCUUUGCUUGGCGGGAGGGGCAGCUCGACUGGCCCGACUGGCUCGUCGUCUUUCUUCGCCUCGCCGCCGACGUCGCACCACGCUCCACCCGUUCAGGCCGGUCCAUCGUCGUCGGGCGCGUUCUCCGCUCUCACGGCGCCUGCACCGCUCGCGAGCGACCGCUUCUCCCGCCACGUUCCGCCGCUCCACGAAGAGUCGCAGUACCAUCAGCACCACUUCGCGACUCCCGCUUCGCCCGCGCUGGGAAGGAAAGGUUACUCUGCGCGUCGUUUGCCGAGGAUGAUGGACGCCGAGGGUGCGGGAGUCGGACUCGGGAUUGAGGGCGUUGGGAGGAUGGAGGGGAGCUUGAGGGAGGUGAAUGGGUGGAGGGACGGCGCGGAAGAUGAGGAGGGUAGGGAUGUCGUGAAGGAGGAGCCCAUCUCGUCGGAGGCAUGA